UUGUUGUUGUUGUACACGGUGGGACGGACGGAUGAUGCCUGCGCGCGAUGAUGUCAUGUGUCGGCGCGCCCCACGUGGGGUCCGCCGCUCUCUGAUAGGCAGAUGUGGCCUUAUUCCUUGCGAGUAAUCCGAUUGGACAGCUCGACGCUUUCACGGCAGCUCAGUCCUGCUGCCUGUGUGUGGCAACCGGGGGAAACUGGACGACUGGGGGAGACGCGAGGCUGCGGAGAGCACCAUGCGACGCUUCCUACAGAAUCUCUAGUCGGAGGACGGAUUUGGGACGCGUCUUUAUUUGUCUACUCCGCGCCCUGGCUUUUGUUUCUCCGCACGGAGGGCGCGCGCUCCUGGGAGCUUCGAGAAGAAAGUAGUUGGACCGAGCGAGCUGAGCUCCGGAGGAUGCUGCUCCGCGUUCUGAACCGACGCGCUGGUUUCACUCCAAGUCGGAGCAGUCGGGUUUUUUGGUUUUGAACGACCCCCACCCUGUCUGCUCAGACUGGCUCGUGAGCAUAGUCCAACCAUUUCGCCCAAGAACCUGCACACUGGGGAGAUAAACUGAGGAUAGAUCGCAAGAUGUAUCCACAGGGCCGACAUCCGGCUCCACACCAGCCCGGCCAGCCUGGCUUCAAAUUCACUGUGGCAGAGUCGUGUGACAGGAUUAAAGAUGAAUUCCAGUUCCUUCAAGCCCAGUACCACAGUCUUAAGGUGGAGUAUGACAAACUAGCCAAUGAGAAGACGGAGAUGCAGCGCCACUAUGUCAUGUACUACGAGAUGUCCUACGGGCUCAACAUAGAGAUGCACAAGCAGACCGAGAUUGCCAAGCGGCUCAACGCAAUUUUAGCUCAAAUUAUGCCUUUCCUGUCACAAGAGCACCAGCAGCAGGUUGCUCAGGCAGUGGAACGGGCAAAGCAGGUCACCAUGACUGAGCUGAAUGCCAUCAUCGGGGUACGUGGACUUCCCAAUCUGCCUCUCACCCAGCAGCAGCUACAGGCUCAGCAUCUUUCUCACGCUGCCCACGGGCCUCCAGUCCAGCUGCCUCCUCAUCCGUCGGGGCUGCAGCCCCCUGGCAUCCCCCCUGUCACAGGCUCGGGAUCAGGCCUGCUUGCUUUAGGUGCCCUGGGCAGCCAAGCCCACCUCCCAGUGAAGGAUGAAAAGAACCACCAUGAUCUGGAACACAGGGAGAGCACGAAUAACUCCAUAUCGCCGUCUGAAAGCUUACGCGCGGCCAGCGAGAAGCACCGCAGCUCCUCUGACUACAGCUUGGACUCUAAAAAACGCAAAGUGGAAGAAAAGGACAAUUUGAGCCGAUACGACAGCGAUGGCGAAAAAAGCGAUGACCUAGUCGUGGAUGUGUCUAAUGAGGACCCCGCCACCCCACGGGCGAGCCCCGCACAUUCACCGCCUGAGAAUGGCAUUGAUAAGCCCCGCCCCCCAAAGAAAGACACACCAAACAGCCCUGCGUCGGUAGCGUCCUCUGGAAGCACCCCGUCAUCCAAAGCCAAGGAGCUCAGUCAUAAUGACAAAUCCUCUACUCCAGGCCUCAAGUCCAACACCCCCACUCCUCGCAACGAUGCCCCUACCCCUGGCACCAGCUCCACUCCUGGGCUCAGACCCAUCCUGGGCAAACCACCAGGCAUGGAAGCCCUCGCUGCGCCAGCCUUGCGGACGCCUCUUUCCAUCGCGGGCUCAUACCCGACGCCAUUCGCCAUGAUGGGCCACCACGAAAUGAACGGCGGCUUGACUAGUCCUGGUGUUUAUGCUGGUCUGCACAUAUCGCCCCAGAUGAGUGCUGCCGCCGCCGCUGCCUACGGACGAUCCCCCAUGGGGUUUGAGGCUCACACCCACAUGAGGGCACCAGGUCUUCCAGCGAGCCUCACCUCCAUCUCCGGCGGCAAGCCGGCCUACUCUUUCCACGUCAGCGCCGACGGCCAAAUGCAGCCUGUGCCCUUCCCACCCGACGCCCUGAUCGGCAACGGUAUUCCACGCCACGCCCGUCAGAUCAACACACUGAGUCACGGCGAGGUGGUGUGUGCGGUCACCAUUAGCAACCCCACUCGUCAUGUCUACACUGGUGGAAAGGGCUGUGUCAAAAUCUGGGAUAUUAGCCAACCUGGCAGCAAGAGCCCCGUGUCCCAACUGGACUGUCUGAACAGGGAUAACUACAUCCGCUCCUGUAAGCUUCUGCCUGAUGGCCGCACAUUGAUUGUCGGAGGCGAGGCCAGCACUCUGACCAUCUGGGACCUGGCCUCGCAGACGCCCCGCAUCAAGGCCGAGCUCACCUCCUCGGCCCCGGCCUGCUACGCCCUGGCCAUCAGCCCGGACGCCAAAGUCUGCUUCUCCUGCUGCAGUGAUGGAAACAUCGCCGUGUGGGACCUUCACAACCAGACGCUUGUCAGGCAAUUCCAGGGUCACACUGACGGAGCAAGCUGCAUCGAUAUUUCUCACGAUGGUACUAAACUGUGGACCGGCGGUCUUGACAACACCGUUCGCUCAUGGGACCUGAGAGAGGGUCGACAGCUGCAGCAGCAUGACUUCACUUCUCAGAUCUUCUCCCUGGGUUACUGUCCGACCGGCGAGUGGCUGGCCGUGGGCAUGGAGAGCAGCAAUGUUGAGGUUCUGCACCACUCGAAGCCCGACAAAUACCAGCUUCACCUGCACGAGAGCUGCGUCCUGUCGCUCAAAUUCGCUUAUUGCGGUAAAUGGUUUGUAAGCACUGGGAAGGACAAUCUGUUGAACGCUUGGAGGACUCCUUACGGCGCCAGCAUAUUCCAGUCCAAGGAAUCGUCAUCUGUCCUGAGCUGCGACAUCUCGACAGACGACAAGUACAUCGUGACGGGAUCUGGUGACAAGAAGGCCACUGUAUAUGAAGUGAUCUACUAGGCUGCUUAGCUGUGGAGAUGAAGACUGUUCCUUCUCUGACCCUCCCCCCGCCCCCGCACCACAGACAACAUGGAUGUUGCCUGCAGAAAGAAUGUGCAGGAAGCGCGAACUGGACACUGGGCGUUGGGUUCGCCAGCCCUUCCCUUCCUCACACCUGUGACUAACACUUGUACAGUGCAGAUCCCAAAGGCACUAAAAAGAAAAUAAUAUCUUGCUGUUUUUUGUUUGUUGGACCCUUUUUUUUAAUUCCUCUUUUUCCAUGUGGAGCUACAGUCAUGACUCCAUGAGAAGCGGCGCUUCGCUUUGGAGAUUCUCCUUGGAGGUCCUGUGAAAAGUGUACAUAAUGGAGUAUUAAAAGGCCUUUUAUAGAUUUAUAUUUUGGUGUCCAAUUACGCUCGUGAUGGUUCUUUCUUGUUCUCUCCGUGAUUUUCUGUCCCCUCCAGGGAUGAAAAUUAGAUUAGGACUUUGUAAGAGGAUAUUCUAUUUCCGACUCCCCCCCAACCCUACCCCCUGCUUUUUUCAUGCUCGUCCUCGUCGAUGACCUUUUCAGAAAUGUAAUUUGGAUUUUUUUUUUACUUCCUGACAACAACUUUUUUUCCUCCGCAAUUUACGAUAAUACGGAACAGACAUUUUGCCCCGAGGAAUUUCGGCAGCAUGACUUGACACAGGACGUGUCCUGCUUUCUGAUGGGAUGGACGGAGAAAAUCGCGGCAAUUGCUUCAAACUUGGAAAUGGAAAUUUAACUUGACACAAAGACUUGUUUUGGACACUGGAUGCUUUCAAGUGGAUAACAGCCAACUGAAGGACUAACGGAUUUUAUGGUGAAGCAGCUGUGAUUUUUGUGUGACACUUCAUUCACUCGUUCUGCAAAGAUUUGGUGGUUUACUUUUUCUUUUCUUUUUUCUUUUUUACUCUCGGACCGAAAGGUCUGCACAGAUGAUCAUUAGGGUGGUAGGUAAAGCCAUUCAGACACAGUGAUCUGGGUAUUCUUCGGUCGGUUGGUCAUUGUUAUUCCACUACAGUCUGCUCUUAGUCACAACAGGCAUUAACACGUUGAGAGUGUGUAGCUAAAACAUGUCAUCAUCCCUGAGGACUGUACCGUUGACAGUUGUUGUUCAAUCAAUAAACUGUUUUUAUAAAAAAAUAUAUAUACAUUUAUCAAUCUGAUAUGUUGUGCUGGAAGUGGUGGUGAACUAUUGGAAGAAAACUGCUAGCACCUAAAAGAAAAACAGCCCAAUGUAUUCUCUUAAGCUGGGCGA